AUGCCCAGUGUUGUCCCUGGCAGUUCAUGUAAAUGUGUUCCUGACGACAAGUGCUGGCCCUCUGAUGCCCUCUGGAAACUCUUCAACCUCACGGUUGGCGGAAACUUGAUUACAACACAGCCUGUUGCGGCCUCUUGCUAUCCCGGUCCUGCCUUCAAUCCAGCUCAGUGUGCUUACGUUGAUAUCAAUUGGUCCAGUGCUACAUUCCAAGCAGAUCUUGCCAUCGGGCUCUCAUAUCCAACGAAUAUCACCUGUGCCCCUGUCAAUUUGACCGUAGGCAACACUCCCCAGCAAACCUGCGCGCUGGGAGUGAGCCCGAGUUAUGCAGUCAAUUGUACGGACAUACGACACGUCGCUUUGGCAGUUGUCUUCUCCAGGCUGUUCAACAUCCGUCUGGUGGUGAAAAACACCGGCCAUGAUCAGCUUGGGCGCUCUGAAGGCGCCAACGGCCUGGAAAUCUGGAUUCGCCAUCUUCGCAGCGGCAUUACUUUCCAGAACACGUUCAAGCCUUCUACUCGUUGUACCGCAAGCAAAUGGACUGGAGGCGCGUUCAAGAUCGCAGGGGGUUACACGUGGGGAGAUGUGGGCGCUGAAGCACAGAAGCACAACGUUGUUAUCGUCAAUGGUGGUACCCCGUCUGUCGGUGCCAUUGGAGGCUGGAUGCAGGGUGGUGGUCACGGGCCUGCGUCCCGAGACUACGGUCUCGGUGCAGAUCAAGUGUUGGAGCUGGAGGUCGUGCUUGCUGACGGGACCCUCGUAAUAGCUAAUGCGUGCCAACACAGCGAUCUCUACUUUGCCCUUCGCGGUGGUGGCGGCGGCACGUAUGGCAUCGUGGUAUCGAGCACGGUCAAAGCCUACCCAAUGGUCAAUGUCACAGUUCAACAUCUGGCCAUGUUCCCCUUGAGCGCAGACACCUCUGGACUUCUGGACGCUGUUGCUAUCUUAUACUCAUGCUAUCCUGAUCUCAACGACGCAGGCUAUGCAGGCUAUGGCCAGUGGUCAAUCAACAGCCCAGCACCCAUCUUCGCCAAUGUGACCACUGGUUACCUCCACGGCUUCCGCAUUUUUAACGCCACCAUUGAGCAAGCUCAGACGGCCUUCGACGUGACCCGAUCAAGACUGGCUCCCUUGAACCUGACCAGCGUCUUCAUCUCUGAGAGUUAUGCCUCGUAUGCAGACUACUGGACAUAUUACCAUGUCGAAUCCGGUGUCGAACCGCCCGUCGGUCUGCCUGCGUACGGAGCUGGAAGCAGACUAUUUGACCGUCCGUCGGUGACGCAGAACUCGAGCGCCCUGCGCAGUAUGGUUGAGACCAUCGCCGGCACGCCCAAGCAGUUGACGACCAACAACCUUGAACUCGUCGGCGGCGGGCAGGUGUUUCGGGACGCCUCUGACCCUUUCUCGGGCGUCACCCCAGCCUGGCGCACAUCGUACUUUAGCAACAUCGUCGCCCGGAUCCCGUCGUCUCCCAACGCCCGGCAAGCAGAACUGGACGAGAAGCAACGCGACAUCACGACCGUCAAGGUUCCCGCCAUGAAGAAGCUGGCACCCCACACGGGCGCGUACAUGAACGAAGCCGACCGAUUCGACCCGGACUGGAAGGCCGAUUUCUACGGCCCCGGCCACCACUACGCCAGGUUGUUGGCCAUCAAGAGAAAAUACGAUCCGCACGACCUCUUCUACUGUCCCACGUGUGUCGGGAGUGACGCCUUCGAGAUGGCGGCUGAGGGUGGCAGGCUGUGCCGAGUCAGGCGCGAGGAUAAUGAAGAGCAGAACCCAAUGUGA